UCACUCGAUUAUCGAAGUUUCACAACAAGUGGCGCUGAAAUUGGCACCUCCAAGCUGUCAGAGACAUACCAAUCCACAAAAUACAUCGACAGCGCGUGAGAGACGAUGGCGAAACUACCGACGGGUGGCAUCACCAGGCUGCCACAGGAGCUCUGGGAUUUUGUCAUUGAUUAUCUUCACAAUCAACGGCGCACGCUUGCCGCUUGCAGCGAGACAUGUCGUGCCUGGGUCCUCCGAGCUCGCCUUCACCAUUUCCAUGCUGUAUGCUUGACAGCCGAUCAUUUCGAUGCCUUCCUGUCGCUCCUGGAGUCGGAUCUCAACACAAUUGAGUUUGUCAUCCGUGAUUUGACCAUUUCGACCACCCUGGUGCUGGAUGUACUCGUGGAGAUCUUCCGUCGCUUGCCGUCAAUAGAUACCUUGCGAAUCAAGACGUUGUUGCUCCAACCUGGCGUAGCACGGAUUUUCUACUCCGUCGCGCACUCACUGAAGCAGCUAGAGCUUGCGACCAUCGUCGGCGAAGUCAGAGAUUUGUUUGAUAUUCUCUGCUGCUUCGAAGCGCUCGAAACACUCUCAUUUUUCGAAAAUUCCACGCGGCUCGUACACGGGUCAUUUCCUGACAGAUUGCCGGCCUGGCAAUCUUCAUUACGCGAUCUGCAUAUCGAGUUCACUUCACAUUCCGGCAACGCCCAAGUUUUCAUCAAAUGGCUGGUUUCCCUGAAAGUCAUCAACAGAAUCCGAUCACUGUCGAUCCACUGCCCUGUGGAAUUUGGAAAGGGACACACACUUGCGCUGGAGAUGCUGCUUCAGUUCCUCGGUCCGUCAGUUGAACAGUUGCAUCUCGAGCUCCACUCCAGUCUUGUUAAGGCCUUGGAACACAUGGUGUUCAAUCUGGUUUAUUGCAAGAAUUUGCACGAGAUUACGAUCGACGCUGGCAACGCUGCCCGCCAUGUGUGCCGCCCGGAUUGGCUCCCUCUUUUCCUGUCACGACUUCAGACCACCAGCAUCCGACGCAUCCAUCUCAUCUUCGGUCCCGAUUCGACUGACCUUGUCAGGGAGUCUUGGCUCUUCUGGACUGCCACGAAGACGUUGCCAUUUCCACAGCGGCAGUUCCCUUCCCUCGAGAGCGUCACCUGUGAGGUACGGCUAGAUGGUCUGACCGUCCGGGCGGACGGCAUGCCUCUUGGGCGAGAAUAUAUCGAGGGCGAAUUGAGACGUCGAUUAGCGCAUCUCGAUGCCAUCAAUGUUCUCUCGAUAAAUGUGAAACCCAGGCGGGACGCUGAGCAUCCGUUCCGAGUACCCUCCGCAUGGUACUGAUGAUUUGGCAGGGGAUUUCGACUUGGGCGGGGUCACGAAUAGUACUAUAUCCUGCCGCUUUGUAUA